GAAGUGGGAGUUUACAGGAAGCACCUGAACGUCGCACCACAUUACCAGCACUCCGGCGGCUGAGAACAGAGAAGAUGCAGACUAUAAAGUGCGUGGUGGUGGGUGACGGUGCGGUGGGGAAGACCUGCCUGCUCAUCUCCUACACCACCAACAAGUUUCCCUCUGAAUACGUCCCCACGGUGUUUGAUAACUAUGCAGUGACUGUGAUGAUCGGUGGGGAGCCAUACACUCUGGGACUGUUUGACACUGCAGGCCAGGAGGACUACGACAGACUGCGACCCCUCAGCUACCCUCAGACCGACGUCUUCCUCGUCUGUUUCUCCGUCGUAUCACCCUCCUCCUUUGAGAACGUCAGAGAGAAGUGGGUGCCAGAGAUUUCACACCACUGCCCACGGACGCCAUUCCUGCUGGUCGGGACUCAGGUGGAUCUGAGAGACGACAGCAACACUCUGGAGAAACUGGCCAAGAACAAACAGCGAGCCCUAACCUGUGAGAGCGGAGAGAAGCUGGCCCGAGAGCUCAAGGCCGUCAAAUACGUGGAGUGUUCAGCUCUCACGCAGAGGGGACUGAAGAACGUUUUCGAUGAGGCCAUCCUGGCAGCUCUGGAGCCUCCAGACAACAAACCCAAGAAGCGCUGUGUCCUGCUAUAGACGCCACAGGAGGAGGAGGAGGAGGAGGAGGAGGAGGAGGAAGUGGAAGUGGAGGUGGACGGGGGGGAAGAGAUAAACCCAGACGGGAACAGAGGGAGGGAGUACCGAAGGGAGGGGGGAGGGUGUGAAGGUGGAUGUGGCAGACACAUGUUUUAACAGUGCCUUCAGCCUUAGUGACUUAAUGCGGGUGUGGUGUUGGAACGGACACAGGCUUUAUUUUUCGUCAUAGAUACGUGUCGCCAUAACAAAACUAACACAUUUGAAAAGCACGCCUAACCAGGAAACAGGCUUUUGUUAACAGGAGGAGGCGGGUCGCGCAGUAGAGAGGUUUGAAUCUCAGAUUAAAGAUACAGACAGUGGAUGGAGUCACGGUUACAGCUGAAACUGGAAACCAACUCUCUUAAGCUUUCAAAAGCUUCCAACACAGAUUAUAAACAUCUUCAAGCUAAAGAAUUGUAUAAAAUAUGUGGAAUAAAUUUCAGAGGGAAAAAAAAUGUGUUUGUUCAGUGAACACAGCUGUAGAUCACACUCCUUUUUUGCCGUUGAUGUGAGUCCUGCACCAAUCGAAUUUAGAGAACUAAUUUAGGUCUUUCAAUAUUAACUUUACCACCUGAGUUAAACAAAAAUAACAUGUUUCUGAUAUUUUGUCUUUUCCACUGCAAACUGACCCACUAUCAUGGAAACAUAGUCCAGAAGCAAAAUGAACCGGCUAUAUUUGAAACUCGACACAUUCUGGAUAAUUAUGAGGAGGAGAAUGGCUGCUUCGAUCAUAACCAUUAUAAUUCUAAUCACAAUUUAACCCAAGUAGUUAGGUCCUUUCAAAAAGUUUGAAAUCGAGCAAGUUGCUGUCAUCACAUUUACAACUGACCAAAGUUAGAAAAAUAAUUCUUUGAAGCAUAACACACAUACUGGUGUAAUCGCAUCCUUUCCACCUCUGCUUCUGUUAGAGUUUACAUUUAGAAGAUAAAAUCUGGACAGUCAGAAGAGAAGGCACCAUCAGUGAUAUUUGUUACCAGCACAAAGUCGGAUUAAAACAAGAGAAAGAACGCUGUCCUUAAGCAAAAAAUAAUGGUGCUUAAUUUAAAGAUGCCCGAAGCAGAGACAUGAUCCAGCUGAUCUACAUUCCCUGCAGCCUCAGAGACCAGAGGUUCAACUGUCGACAGUGUUGUUGUUAAAAAAUAAAAAAAAUAUCUACUAAUCAGUGGUGACUAUAACCUGACUUCAUCUAUAUCAGUAGAAAGAGACCAGAACUGGUAACCAGUGGAGCUUAACUGACAUCUGCUUUGCAGUAUAAAAGACAGGUACAUGAUGCAGUAGUUAAUGAUGAUGAAUAUGCAUAUUUGCAGUAAUCUAACAACAAGAGAGACGAGCGUUACAAGUUACAAACCUGACUUCCUUGCUGUCAUGUGAUAAAUGCUGCUUUCCAAAAUGUCAGAAAUAAAUUAUUCAAACCUCAGAAUUUCCUCCAAAUGUCUGGAAACAUGAGAAACGUGUUGAAGUCACAGGGUUUUCACGUGACAACAAAGAGGGUGAUUAUUUGGCAAUUCGAACAUUUGCACAUAACAGCACUUUUUUUUUUUUAACUUCUCUGUCCUGACGUCUCGUCAGGGACACGUCCCAUCCAGAACCGAACACUCCAGCUCCACUGAGCUGUGAGUCACACUGUCAGUGGAGAUCCAGUACGUGUUUUCCUGAAAAUCACAACCACAUACCACCUAAUAUAGAGCAUUGACUGAAGGUGUUACACAAGGAAUUUUAACAUCAUUAAUCAACACAACAUGAGUUUUGCUGCAGACAAACAGAAGUCUCAGAGCUGGACUUUCUGCUGCAAGUAAACUCUCAGAGUUUCUGGUGGCGAGGAAGAGUGACGGCCUGAAAGUCCAGAAUUGCAUACUUUUCUAAUCUAUAAUUGAAUGCUCCAAGUGGUAAUUAACCCCAGGAAUUGCAGAUAAAAGGACAUCAUCUGAUAAAAGUAGUCAUUUUUAAAGUGCAAAAAAAAAAAAAAUUAGAAAUGCCUUCAUGUUACUGCAUCAUCAGUGACAGUCUUAACUUGUUCUGUUUGUCCAUUCAAACUUCCAGCUGCUACAGAAGUUGACUGUAAAUGCCUUAAAAUAUGCCUUACUGCUGAAAACCAGUCAAAUCCUACAAAGUCAGUCCACACAGCAAAAGGUUUGAGGCUUAAAUCGAAUCUGCUAAUUGAAAUGUUUGUCACUUUUAUUUUGAAAUCCAUAUGUGAAGCUGUUGUAGUAGAUGUGGCUGAGAAGCAAACAUUUCACACACACACAAACACUCACACACACACACAGGACCUCCUCAAACAUUGUCCACUCCUUCUUCUCUCUCCUGGCCCUACUGGAACCUCAAGUGCUCGUUGGUGUGUCAGCACCUCCCGGAGGCCUUAAUGGGGAAAUGCGGCUCAGUUUAAAGGUUCAUCUGUGUUGUUGUGCCUCUGGGAGAUCGUCAGUGUUCGAAGCUCAGAUCUCAGACCUGAAUUCGUAAUGUCACAAGAAGCAGCUUCACAGACAGUAACUUUAGAUUCGUGUGAGGAGUUUUUGCACAGAUGAGCUUUGUUUAAGUUGCUCCUAUAAUUUUCAAAUAAGAAAAUGCAGGUGAUAAUAAGAUCUUACAUUUCUACAAUAGAUUCCUAACACUGAUUGUCCUGUACCGAGGUGAUAACAAUUUCAAUCUUUAAACUGAGGGUAUUUCCCAUUAAAAUGAACUAAACUUCCACUCUGCUUAUAUAUUUUUUCCAUUGUUUUGGAGAUGACGGUUUAUUCUGAUUCAUGUAUGAAUGAUUACAAGUAUUAUAUUUUUUUUUUCUUUGCUCCUUAUUGUUUCUUGAGGAACAUUAUUUUAGCUUCUUUUUUUUUUUUUUUUUUGGACACUUGAGUUUUUAUUUUCCUUUUUCUUUUUAGAUAUUUGUACCAUUUACUUGACAGUUGAGUGCCAACAGCUUGAGUGAGUAUCACUGGCCUGGUUUGUCAAACUAAACAAUCCUGAUAAUAAGCUUCUAAUCGCAGAAAAAAACAACAACAUAAUAACAGCUGAAGCAAUAAUUACAGAUGUGGAAAACUCUGCUCUGUAUUGAAAGAUGAAUGUUGGAACUGGUGGGUGUUUGGAAAUAAUAAAAACAGUACUUGAA